CGCUUUCGGUCCUUUGGCCGUUCGUCGCAGCCAAGGUCCUUGCUCAUUCUGCCCGGACCCGGCCCAGUGCCAUCUCGCUGCCCCGUUGGCCAUAUUUUGUUUUUUCGCCCCCCCCCGGCCCUCUUCGUCACCGAGUCUCUCCCUCCUUUCCGCACACCCCCCGGGCUUGCUCGCUCGGCUCGUCGUCCGCUCAUUCGGUUCUUUCCAGGCUUGUGUCGAUAGACGUUUGUUCCUGUCUCUGCCUUCCGUCCCUGCAUUCUUGCGCUUUGCCCUUCUCCGUCUCUGCUCUCCAUGAUUGCUCUUCCCUCAGACCAGCCACGGGACUCCCUGUCGAUCGAGCCGUCUUACAGCCGGGUCGCCGUCUUGGUGAUUCCCGACCUGGUGACCGCCCAUAUCUAUGAGCAUCUCCAGGCCUUCUUGGCCUUGGUCCCCGGCGCCUCGGAGCUGGCGGUCUUGCUGGCGGCCUUUGCUGUCUUUCUCAAGCGAUACAGCAGCCAGAGCACCCUCUCGAUCGGCACCAUCUUCCGCGACAAGUUCCAGUCCGACCCUGCCAAGCGGCAGUCUCCCUUUGACUUGCUGCUACAGGUCAAUCCCUCCGACACCCUCACCGACCUCUCGCUCGAAACCCAAAAGGCCAUCGAUGCCGCCGAAGACUCGCUCAAGUACCAGACCGCCUUUGUCAACCACACCCCAACCCAGGUGAUGCUGUGGCUCGAGGACCCCGACGAGACCGUCACCAACGGCGUCCCUGGCAUCCCUCCGAUCUCGAUCGCCUUUCCGCCUUGCGAGAUCUUGCUCCAGGUCAAUCCUGCUGCCGGCCGCGCCAUCGUGCUCUACGACAUGUGGCUCUACAAGGAAACCACCGUCUCGCGCAUGAUGGCCCACUUCCGCAACGUUCUCGACCACUGCCUGCGAUUUCCGGUCGAUACCCUCCUGGCACGCAUCCCCAUGCUCUCCGACGAGGAGCACCAGCAGCAGAUUAUCGAAUGGAACACCCGUUCCAUCGACCCGUCUCUGCCCCUGAACAAGUGUCUGCACACCCUCUUUGAGGAGACGGCUCGACAAUAUGCCCAGGAGACUGCCCUGGUCGAUCCCCGGGGAAUCCGCACCAGCUACGCUGGCCUCAACCAGGCAUCCAACCGGCUGGCUCGGUAUCUGCGACAGCUUGGCGUCCGGCCGGGCGGCGCCGUCAUCGUCUCGGUUCCACGUUCGGCCAACUUUGUGGGUGCCAUCCUGGCCGUCCUCAAGGCCGGGGCCUCGUACAUCCCCGUCGACGAUGGCCAGCUCCGCACCUCGCUGGACUACUUGCGGCUGCUCACCAAGGACGCCUCGCCAGCCGCCGUCAUUGCCGACCCAGCCACCUCUCGGCUGUGGCUAUCCUUGAACCUGGGCUGCCCCUUGGUUACCAUUGAAUCGCUUGCCUCGUCUCUGUGGCAAGAGUUCGACGACAGCAACCUGAACCUCACGCUGCCGUCCUCUGGUCGUGCCUACGAGGUGUAUUCCUCCUAUGGCGACGUCAAGGCCUCGUCCAUCACGCACGCCAACAUCGGCAACAUGGCCUUCUGGCAUCGUUCGCUCACCUCGCUGACGCGCAGCGACCGUGUGGCCUUUCUCAACUCGGUCUCCUCGAGCCUGAGCGUCAGCGCCAUCUGGUGCACCAUCCUGUUUGGUGCCACCCUCGUCUGCUUUGACGAGGCCUCCAAAAUCUCGGUCGACAGCAUCAUCGGGAUGUGUGUGCGCGAAAAGGUCACCAUCAUGCACAUCUCCACGCCGCUCUGGCGCAAUUACAGCCACGGCGACUGGUCCAAGACCAGCCUCCGGUUUACUCUCGUCAAUGGCGAUCUCCUCAAGAUCGGCCCCUCCAAGCGAUUCUCGGGCCGCCUCGUCAACACCUUUGGCCCGAGCGAGGUUUCGGUCUUUUCGCUUUACCACGUCGUUGGACCCGAGGAGGAGCGACCUCCGCUCGGCCGGCCGAUCACCAACACCGCGGCCUUCAUCCUCGACGACGAUCUCGAGCCGGUGCCGAUCGGGGCCCCGGGUGAGCUCUAUCUCAGUGGCAUGAACGUUGGCCUGGGCUACCGCAACCGACCUUCGCUCACUGCAGCGCGGUUCAUUCGCAAUCCAUUCACCGUCGUGGGCAGUGCACAGAUGUUCCGCACGGGCAUCAUUGCCAGCUACAGCUCGCUCGGCGAGAUCCAAUACAUCGAGAACAGCAAGCGGCGCUCCACAAGCAGCCACCUCCGCAUCAAACCCGAGGAGAUUUCCAGCUGCAUCAAGGCCCUCCCCGGCGUCCAGGACUGCCUGGUUCAAUUCGAGCGACUGCGGGGACUCGGCCACGAGUUGUGUGCCUAUGUGGCUAUCCCCGACAACCAGUUUGGUGAAGAGCGUGUGCGCCAGUACCUGUCGCAACGGCUCCCGAGCUUCAAGAUCCCUGCCAAGAUCUUCUGCUCGCUUGAGAUCCCGUAUGCGAUCCGCGACCGUGCCGACCCGAUCGAAGUGCCCUCCGAUUCGGACUCUGCCGGCCCGUCGCCACUGCAAAUCACCAGCAACCCGGGUUUGCUUGCCGGCGGCGACCGUCGAGUGCCUGGCCAGGAGGCCACAGAGCCCUUCCGCCGCACCUCGUCGCUGGAGCACUUUGUCGGUCGUGGCGGCGAUCGCUCCUCGGGUCCCGGCAUCUCACGCAACCUGCACCAGGCCCAGGAGCCUCGAGCGGCCGAACAGCGCGAGCGGCUCUCGUUGCAGAGCAACUCCACAGUGUCGUCAUCUUCGCCUUCAUUCUCGGGAAUCUUUUCGGCUCCCCGGAAGCGAGUGGUCUCGGAGCCAUCGUUUGGAAGCCUCCUCCAGCCGGCUUACGAUUCAUCGGAUCCGCAGCGCUCGUACCCAUGCUCCCGAUCCCAAUCGGAGCUGGCCGCCUGGCAGAUUCAGCACAAGCAUGCUUCCGUCGGCAACUUCCCCGUUGCGAUCGAGGUUGAGGGCAAGCUGGACGAGCGUGCCCUUGCCCUGAGCAUCGAUCUGAUCAGCCGCCGGCACUUGAUCCUUCGCACCCUGUAUGGACUCCAAGCCAAUGGUGCGACAUCUGUGAGUCAGCGGGUGCAGAAUGAUGGCGUCAUUCCGCUGGAUCACCUCACACUGCCUUCCAGUGCCGCAUUCGAAGAUCUGUCAGCCAACGAGACCGUGGGCCCCAGAAUGUGGCAGCCGUUUGACCUCGAGCGCGAGUUCCCGAUCCGAUUGAGCGUAAUCGAGUUUGAGGGCAAUGCAACACAGCGGCUCUUGUUGAUUGUGACCCAUCGGGUGGUUACAGACAAAUGGUCGGUUCGUCUGCUGAUGGAGGAGCUCUUUGAGUGCUACAUCGAAGUCUCCAAGAACCCCGCCUUCUCUCCGCCCUCACCCGAGUGCCAAUACAUCGAUAUGGCUGUCUGGGAGCAGCAGUUCCUGGAGACCCCCGAGGCCCACAAGCAGCUGUCGUUUUGGCACGAUCGACUCAAGAAUAUUCACAGUCGCAUGGAUAUCCCGACGGACUUUGCUCGACCCGCGAAGCCCUCGUACAAGACCGCCACGCACUGGUUCGAGCUCGAGUACACCUUGGUCGAGUCCGUGCGUGCCUUCUCGCGCGACUGGAACGUCAGCGUCGAGCAGAUCUGCUUCACGGCGAUCUGCUGUCUCCUGCAUCUAUGGACGGGCGGUCGUUCGGACGUCGUGGUGACGCGCGAAGUGACGAACCGCCGCAUUCUCAAAUUCUCCGGGGCCAUAGGACGCUUUGCAAACUAUGUUCUCGACGUCGUCAACUUCAACAGCCAGUCGACCUUCAACAGCGUCCUGGAUUUCGUUCGCAAUCUAUACCUCGAAGAUGCGGUUCACCAGGAAGUGCCUCUUCCUGCGACUCUGGACCAUAUCCGCAAAAACGGGAACGCCGAGCCGCCUGUCCCGCAGAUUCUGUUUACUUACAUCAACUCUCGUCGAUACGAAGCCCAGCGCAUUGGUGGCAGUGGUGGUGUAUCCGAGCUCGGUAUUCGCCGCCUGCCGAUCCGCGAAACAGUCGAGUCCAUGUUUGACCUGGCAUUCUUGUUCGAGAAGGGCCACGAAGGCAAGCUCAUUGGCUCGAUCGAGUACCAAGUCGAGCUCUGGGACGCCUCCACGAUCCGCGAUCUGGUGCAAGACUUGGCUCUGGUUCUGGAGACCACGGUGAUGGAGCCGAUUGUACGAGUCAACGCGCUGCCAAUGUCGCUCGUCGACAGCCGCAUCAGCGCUGGCGACAACGAAGAAAGCGGCGCCGCUGCGUCCACGGACGAUCGACCCGGGCAGUUGGAUUCAGAGAUUAGCAUCGGCAUGGCCAGGCUCGGGCUGUCGAAGCGGGCAGCAGGCGUCUUUGCCGAGCCACACCGCAGCCGCUCCGUUCGGCAUAGCACCGUCCCGUUGGGCUUGGCGCCAGCGCCGGCGGUGGUGGAAGAAGUCUCGCCAAAGUCCUCGAGCGGCCAAGCUGGAGAGCGCAACUCGACGGGAUCGCUCAACAUUGUCGAUCAAGUGAUGCGCAUGUCCGUGUGGUCGUUGGGCGGAUACGAGUCCGUGCCGGACGACUCGAGUUUGUUCCGAGGAUCAAGCCGCCACGGGCGCGAUUCGAUGCGGUCGCUGAGGACCGACCGGUCGCAGUCGAUCAAUUCUAUUUUCUCGAUCCGGUCCGGUGGCCGACAGAGCUUCAUUCCCCCCCGCACGCUUUCACGAGUCGGAUCGGAAAGCGAAAGCGGGUCGAACAACUGGCGCAGCAGCGUCGGGAACACUGGCAGCUCGAGCGACGUUGGCGCGGCAUACUCGAACUCGUCGACAUGGCGCAAGGACAGCGCGGCGCCAACGAUCCCCGACGCCUUGGAGCUGCUGGCCCUGCUGAAGCAGGCACUCGAUGAAAGCGACCUGCGUCUGCAGGACGACUUUUGGGAGAGCGGCGGCGACCUGAGCUCGGCCCGCGAGCUUUGCGACGAGGUCAAGAAGCGGUACCGGGUCCGGCUGACGGUGGACGAUCUCGCGACGAUGGAAAGCUGCCGCGACAUUGUCCAGUUCGUACAGGCGGCGAUGAAGAAGCAAGGAUUCAGCAGCCGGCCCAGGUCUGGCGAAGCCAAGACGGUAUCGUCCUUUUCAUCGGGCUCGUCGACUCCGUCGUCGGUGUCGCCGGCCACGCCGUCGUAUCUCCGGGGCUCUGGCCUGAUCUCGCCUACGAUUGCCGAGGAGGCCACACGAGGUCGUGCGGGCGACCCGUCGGCAGUGCUGUUUUCCAGUGCCGAUCUGGAUCUGACGGGGGUGCAAGCCCAGACCGGCGACGGCCCGGCGGCGGAUCGCUGGAGCAUCAGCGCUACCGUCUCGGAGAAGACCGAGCAGUACACCAAGUACAUGAGCCAAGCGCAGGAAGUCGGGGAGGAGGAAUACAACAAGCUGACGAUGCCGGUGCCUGGACAUCCGGAGUGGCGCAAGGUGGAUCGAAACGACGGGCUGAUCUACUACUUCAACAUCAAGACCCACGAGACAAGCUGGGAGCCGCCCGGCGGCAGCGCUGCCCCGAGCCAAAAGCCGGCCGGCGAGAGCCCCGAUGCCGACCCGCGCUCUGGCGGCCUGUCUGCACUCCGGAUGACCUUUGGAACCAAGUGAGCCCACCAGCCGGUCCUGGGGGACGGCGGGUUGCAGGGCCGGUGUGGCGCCUUUUGUUGGACUGGGCUGGACUGGAGCAGGAUCUCUGCACCGUCAAGUUGUUUGCUUGUCGUUUGACAUGCCAGGUGUAUAUUUCCGCUGUACGAAUAGCGAGCUGUGCUGCAGCGUUUCCAGAAUGAAAUGGGACACUCCCGUUUUUAACCAGGACUGUGUUUUAUAUGGAACCUGAAUACACCCACCCACUCAUCGCA